AUGAAAGAUAUAUUUCAGAUGAAUUUGAUUGAGGAAAAAGAAAAAGAAAAACGAAAAAAUGUUAAUUGCAGAAAGAAAGAGGACGGAAAAAGAUUUCAUCCUUUUUCCGUCAACCGUUUUAGUCAAUAUCAGAAAAAAAAAAACAAAAAUGGAAAACGGAAAAGGAAGAAAUGUGAGAAGAAAAUAAUAAAUUGUCAAUUUUUAUUGGAAUUGAAAGAAAAGGCUUAUCUGUUUGUUAGCAAUAGAAAUAUGAAUAUUUUUAAUUAUGUAUUAAUGAUAGUGGCAGUUGGCGCUAAUGGUAAUGUAAAGGAUAGCGGCGGUUGGCGCUCAUAUCACUGUGAAGAAUAG